AUGCGUCUGAUCGUGCUGACUUCCAUUUUAAUUUGUAUAGCAGCCAAUCCGAUUACAUAUGAUGAUGUAAGGGGUGUGCCAUACAAGGUUAGUUAUGAUCAUCGCGCAAUCACAAUAAAUGAUGUGCGAACAAUGCUUAUCUCCGGUGCUAUACAUUAUCCCCGUUCGACACCAGCGAUGUGGCCAUACAUAAUGCAAAUGGCUAAAAAUCAAGGUCUUAAUACAAUUCAAACAUAUGUAUUUUGGAAUCUUCAUCAACCAAGACGAGGCGUAUGGGAUUUUACUGGUCGUGCUAAUCUAAGUGGCUUUUUACAAGAAGCUGCGAACGCUGGCUUAUUCGUUAAUCUACGCAUAGGACCUUACAUAUCUGGCGAAUGGACUAACGGCGGUAUACCCGUAUGGCUUAAUCAAGUGCCAAAUAUAUCUUUUCGUACAGAUAAUGCCGCAUGGAAAACCGUGAUGCGUCAGUUCAUCUUAAACAUAAUCGACUAUAUUUCAUCGUAUCUCGCUAAAAACGGCGGUCCGAUAAUCAUUGCACAGAUUGAAAACGAAUUGAUGGACGGCCAAGAUGCUUAUGCUAGCUGGUGUGGUGAUUUAGUAAGUAAUGAGUUAUCAUUUACGGAAAUACCAUGGAUUAUGUGCAAUGGUUUAUCUGCGAAGUCAACAAUCGAAACAUGCAAUUCAUGCAAUUGCUUAGAUGAUGGCUGGAUAGCUCGACAUCUUCAAGCUUCUCCAGAUAAACCUAUGAUGUUCACCGAAAAUGAAGGAUGGUUUCAAAUAUGGGGACAACCUAUAUCACUUCGCAGAACAUCUGAUCUCGCCUAUUCAGUGGCCGAAUGGUACGCUGCUGGUGGAUCGUACCAUGCUUACUACAUGUGGUUUGGUGGAAACAAUUAUGGACGAUUUGCUGCAUCAGGUGUAUCAACAUUGUACGCCGAUGACGUAUGUUUACAUGCUGAUGGUACACCAAAUGAACCGAAAUUUACCCAAUUAAGUCGUUUACAGCAUAUCGUGGCUAAUUAUUCGAAAAUUAUGUUAAGUCAAGAUCCAGUUCGCACUGCAAUACCUUAUUGGGACGGAUACAAGUGGCUAAAUGGCACAUCACAAUUCGUUUACUCAUAUUCAAAUUCGAUCUAUUUUAUUAUCAGUCAAGCGACGACGACACUCUAUGUACUAUUUCGCAAUCAAACUAUUCUCAUGGCACAACAUUCUGUUCGAAUAUAUGAUGGUGAUAUGGAUUUGUUAUGGAACAGUGCCAGUUACAGUGAUAUUUCCAGUGGCAACACUCAAAUAAUCCCUGUUGUUACCGGUCCACUCAAUUGGCAAAUAUGGUCGGAAUCAUUGAUUAAACCAAGUCCACCACUAAUUAUCUCUCCAAAUCCGCUAGAACAAUUAAAUAUAACAAAUGACGAAACUGUUUAUAUGUGGUAUCGUCGUAAUGUAACAUUGAAACAACCAUCGUCAAAUUCAAUCGUACGUGUUCAAACAAAUGUAGCAAAUGCGUUACUUUUCUUUAUGGAUGGAGAAUACUUAGGCGAAUUUGACGAUCAUACGCACUCACAGGGUGCUGCUGAAGGUUACGUUGUAUUAGAUCUUUCACGUUUCCAUUCUAAUCAGCAGUAUUUAUUCGAAAUUCUUUCCAUUUCAUUUGGACUUUUUAGUGGCGUAUAUCCGAAUACAUUUCAAUAUAAAGGUAUUGAUGGAAACAUAUGGCUUGACGAUGACUUGUUAGUCGAUAAUAAAACAGAAACUAAUUUUUGGAGUCAUCAAAAAGGUUUACUAGGCGAAUAUCUUGGUAUCUACACCGAAAAUGGCUCAUCGAAAGUUAAUUGGGAUAGUCAAUGGACAAAAGGUAUCAAUAAACCAAUAACAUGGUUUCAAGCACGAUUCGAUUUGAAUAAUCUUUCGCAACAAGAUAUGAAUGCCAACCCUAUUCUGCUUGAUGCUCAAGGUCUUAAUCGUGGUCACGUAUACAUCAAUGGAAAUGAUAUUGGACUGUAUUGGUUAAUUCAAGGUAUUUGCGAAAAUAAUCAACCGUGUUGCUGUCAACACGCUCAAACCAAUUGUUUAAAACCUACUCAACGGUUUUAUCAUAUUCCACCUGAUUGGCUCAAACGAGAAAAUAAUUUAAUUACGAUUUUCGAAGAUUCAGGUGCACCCUCACCGGGAUCAGUCGGGUUAGUUCAACGUAUUGUUACAAACUCAUAA